AUGAGCAAACGACAUCUGAGUGUGGUACAGCAAACAUGGGCCCUUCUUUGCAAGAACUUUCUGAAGAAAUGGAGAAUGAAAAGAGAGACUCUAUUGGAAUGGUCUUUUUCAUUUCUUCUAGUAUGGUUUGCUUACCUGCGUUCCUCAGAUUUGCAUCAAAUCCAUGACUUUUCCCAAAUGUCUGGCAUGGAACUCGGACGUGUAGAUAAUUUUAACGAUUCUGAUUAUGUUAUUGCCUUUGCUCCCACAUCCAAAACUAUCCAAGAGAUAAUGGACAGAGUGGCUUCUGCCCCAUUCCUGACAGGAAGAAGAAUUGUGGGCUUCUCAGAUGAAGAAAGCAUGAAUAAAUUGCAUUCUAACUAUUCUAUUGAUGUAGUGCGAAUUGUCUUUAGUGACACUUUCUCUUAUCAUCUGAAGUUUAUCUUCGCAAUGAGGAUUCCCUGGAUGAAGGAACAUACUGACCAUUCAGCUCACUGUUUUCCAAGGGAUGGAAAAAUCGCAUGUGAAAGUUCAGUAUUCUGGGAGAGAGGGUUUCUAGCGUUCCAAGCUGCCAUUAAUGCCGCUAUCAUAGAUGUCACAACAAAUCAUUCCGUGAUGGAAGAACUCAUGUCCCUUACUGGAAUCCAUAUGAAGAUAUUACCUUUUGUUGCUCAAGGAGGAAUUCGGACCGACGUUUUCAUUUUCUUUUGCAUUAUUCCUUUUUCUUCAUUCAUAUAUUAUAUAUCAAGCAAUGUUUGCCAAGAAAGACAGUACAUUAAGGCAGUGAUGACAAUGAUGGGACUUCGUGACUUGGCUUUCUGGCUCUCCUGGGGUUUGAUGUAUGCCGGCUUCAUCUUUAUUCUGGCUACCUUGAUGGCCGUUAUUGUAAAGUCAUACCAAGUAGUUGUGCUGACCGGCUUUGCGGUGGUCUUCACUCUGUUUCUUCUAUAUGGCCUGUCUUUGAUAACAUUAGCUUUCCUGAUGAGCGUGUUGAUAAAAAAACCUUUCCUCACCGGCCUGGCCAUGUUCCUCCUCACUGUCCUUUGGGGGACCCUGGGAUUCACUGCCCUUUACAGACACCUCCCUGCGUUUCUGGAAUGGACCUUGUGUCUUCUCAGCCCCUUUGCCUUCACUGCUGGCAUGGCUCAGCUCAUCCAUUCAGAUUAUGAUGUGAAUUCUAAUGCUCAUUUGGGUUCUUCAAGUGACUCCCACCUAGUAAUAGCCAUUCUUUUCAUGUUGGCAUUCGAUGCUCUUCUCUAUAUGGCAAUGGCGUUAUAUUUUGACAAAAUUUUGCCCAAUGAAUAUGGACAUCGCCACUCUCCCUUGUUUUUCCUCAAGUCGUCUUGGUUUCCACGCACAAAGGAUGAUCACAUAGCUCUGGAGAAUGACAUAGACACUGAUCCUUCUUCUAAUAGCUCUUUUGAGCCGGUGUCUCCAGAAUUCCAUGGAAAAGAAGCUAUCAGGAUCAGAAAUCUCAAAAAAGAAUAUAAAGGAAAGCAUGGGAAAGUACAAGCUUUGAAAGGUCUGACAUUUGACAUCUAUGAAGGACAGAUCACUGCCCUCCUUGGUCACAGUGGGGCUGGGAAAACCACACUUUUAAACAUCCUCAGUGGCAUGUCACUUCCAACAGCAGGUUCCAGUACCAUCUAUGAUCACACACUUUCAGAAAUGGCUGACUUGGAAAGUAUCAUGAAACUGACUGGAGUAUGUCCACAGUACAAUGUACACUUUGACAUUCUCACUGUGAAAGAAAAUCUCAGAUUGUUUGCUAAGAUAAGAGGGAUUCAGGCACAGGAAGCAGACAAAGAGGUACGACGAGUUUUAUUGGACUUAGAGAUGGAGAAUAUUCAAGAUGUCCUUGCUCAAAAUUUAAGUGGUGGACAAAAAAGGAAACUGACUUUUGGGAUUGCCAUUUUAGGAAACCCUCAGAUUUUACUCUUGGAUGAACCAACUGCUGGACUGGAUCCCUUUUCAAGACACCAAGUAUGGAACCUCCUGAAAGAGCGAAAAUCAGGCCACGUGAUCCUCUUCAGCACGCAGUUCAUGGACGAAGCAGACAUUCUGGCUGAUCGGAAGGUGUUUCUAUCUGGGGGUAGACUGAAGUGUGCAGGCUCUUCUCUCUUCCUGAAGAAGAAAUGGGGCAUUGGCUAUCAUUUAAGUUUGCACCUGAAUGAAAUGUGUGACCCAGAAAGUGUUACUUCACUCAUCAAACAUCAUAUUCCUGAUGCCAAAUUAACAGCGCAAAGCGAGGAAAAGCUUGUGUAUAUUUUGCCUUUGGAAAGAACAGACAAAUUUGCAGAUCUUUACAGGGACCUUGACAGAUGUUCUAACCAGGGCAUUGAGGAUUAUGGUGUUUCCAUGACAACUUUGAAUGAAGUGUUUCUGAAACUAGAAGGAAAAUCAGCUAUUGGUGAAUCAGACAUUGAAGUUGGGGAACAGGUGCAAAGCAAUGAGGUACAAGACACGGGGAGCCUUGUUGACCUGGAGCAAGUGAUUUCUUCGCUCAAUGAAACAAAGAGAGAAAUCAGUGCCAUGUGUCUGUGGAGGCAGCAGUUCUGGGCAAUUGCAAAAGUUCGCUUCCUAAAAUUAAAGAAUGAAAGAAAAAGCCUUCUAGUCCUGUUAUUGUUUUUAGUGCUUAGCCUUGUCCCCGGGUUUUUUGAUCUUGCUAUGUUUGAUACAUUCAGAGGAAAAUAUUCUUGGGAACUCUCUCCUAGUAUGUACUUCCUCUCACCGGGGCAACCGCCACAAGAUUACCUGACUGACCUACUGGUCAUCAAUAAGACAGGGUCAAGCAUUAGUGAUUUCAUAGAUUCCCUGAGACGGCAGAACAUAGCUUUGGAAGUGGAUGCUUUUGGAACUAGAAAUGGCACAGAUGACCUGUCGUAUAACGGUGCCAUCAUUGUGUCUGGUGACGAAAGGCAUCACAGGUUUUCCAUAGCAUGUAAUACCAAGAAGUUGAAUUGUUUCCCUGUCCUCAUGGAUAUCAUCAGCAAUGGGUUGCUAGGAGUGUUUAAUUCUUCCAAGCGCAUUCAGACGGACAGAAGCACAUAUUUUGUGGAAAUCGAGGCUAUCGAGUUCGGACUCAUGAAUGGUGCCUUCCUCUGGAUACCAAUAAUAGUCUACAUUACACCUUACAUUGCGAUGAGUAGCAUCACGGACUACAAAAAAAAAGCAUACUCCCAGCUACGGAUUUCCGGUCUCUACCCUUCUGCUUACUGGCUUGGGCAGGCAUUGGUGGAUAUACCUUUGUGUAUCCUGUUCUUCCUUCUGAUGCCCAUAUUGGACUACAUGUUCAUCCCAGUGGCGUUAGUAUUUGAAAUUCAAAGCUUAGUGCAAAUCCUGUGUGCAAUUGGAUAUAUCUUCUCUCUUGUUUUCUUGUCAUACGUGAUAGCAUUCCUUUUUCACAAAGAGAAAAAGAACAGGAGCUCUUGGUCAUUUGCCUUCGUAAUUACCACCAUCUUCACAGUGGCUGUUAUUAAUGAAAGAACGUAUGAAUUACUUGAACUAUUUCUGUGUACCUUACUGAUACCACCAUAUGCUCUGAUUGGCUCUUUGGUCAUUUAUUUUGAGCUAUCUUCGGACUCAGAAGAUUAUUUAGGACCUUCAUUGCUAGCCUUGCUAAUACCCUACCUUCAUUUAUUCAUUUUCCUUCUUAUUCUACGGUGUCUGGAAAAGAACUUGAAAAAGAAACUUAUGAGAAAAGAUCCUGUAUUCAGGAUUUCUCCAAGAAUUAAUAAGAUUUUUCCAAACCCAGAAGAGCCAGAGGGAGAGGAUGAAGAUGUCCAGAUGGAAAGAAGGAGAACAGCAAGUGCUGUGUCUGCCCCAGACUUUGAUGAGAAACCAGUCAUCAUUGCCAGCUGUCUACGGAAGGAAUAUGAACGCAGACGGAAAAAUUGCUGUGCGAAGAAAAAGAAGAAAUUGGCCACAAGAAAUGUCUCUUUCUGUGUUAAAAAAGGUGAAGUCAUUGGGCUGCUAGGCCACAAUGGAGCUGGUAAAAGCACAACUAUUAAGAUGAUAACCGGAGAUACAAAACCAACCGCAGGGCAGGUGAUUUUGAAAGGUGGCAACAAAGAAGACGCCAUUAGAUUCCUGGGGUACUGUCCGCAAGAGAACACCCUGUGGUCCAACCUGACUGUGAGGCAGCACCUGGAGGUAUACUCGGCUGUGAAGGGACUGAAGAGAGGAGACGCAGAGGCCGCCAUCACUCGGUUAGUGGAUGCCUUCAAGCUACAAGAGCAUCUGAAAGCAUCUGUGAAGACCUUACCGGAGGGUUUAAAGAGGAAGCUAUGCUUCGUGCUGAGCAUCCUGGGGGCCCCGGAGGUGAUGCUGCUGGACGAGCCGACCACGGGGAUGGACCCUGAAGGGCAGCAGCAGAUGUGGCAGGCGAUCCGAGCCAGCGUCAGAAACUCAGAGUGUGGAGCCAUCCUCACCACCCACUACAUGGCCGAGGCCGAGGCUGUGUGUGACCGCGUGGCCAUCAUGGUGUCUGGGAGGCUCAGGUGCAUCGGUCCCAUCCAACACCUGAAAAGCAAAUUUGGCAAAGACUACCUGCUGGAGAUGAAGGUGAAGACCCCUGAACAGCUGGAGCCCCUCCAUACAGAGAUCUUGAGACUGUUCCCCCAGGCUGCUCGGCAGGACAGGUGCUCCUCCCUCUUGGUCUAUAAGUUGCCAGUGGAGGACGUGAAACCUUUAUCCCAGGCUUUCUUCAAACUAGAGCAAGUUAAGCAGAGCUUCGAGCUGGAGGAGUACAUCCUGUCUCAGUGCACUCUUGAACAGGUUUUCCUGGAGCUGUCAAAGGAGCAGGAGCUGGAUGGUUUUGAUGAAGAAUUUGACCUCUCAGUGAAGUGGAAGCUGCUUCCUCAAGAGGAGCCCUGA